CGCACAAACCUCAUGGAUCCUAUCUAUUACUGUGGAGUAUGAAGCCAACUUACUUGCAACUACACAAGGCUGUGUCGGUUGCAUACUUAUCAAAGCUUUAUGGAGAAGUGUGAAGAGAGGAUGGAAAUGGGGCUUCAGAGGUGGAAGGAGGGAAGGAAACAUUCUCUGGGUGAUGCUGGUGAAACUGAGAAGCAGCUUUUUGGAAGUGAAGAGACUUUUGGUAGGAUAUUACUUGCAGUCUGGUCUGAAGCGAAAGAUAGAGAAAAAGCUUUCAAUCUAAAGGAGUACUUCUCUAUUAAUAUUGAGUGCAAGUUGUACACCAAAAAGUUUAAGUCAUUAAGACUGCCUAAAAUUGGUCCUUAUUUCACCCAUAAGAUAUCAGACAAGGCUAAAAAAACCUUGCCUUGAGUAUUUCAUGUCUAUGAAGCAUAAAUUGGGUAGUCUGAAAAUUUUAUCUGGCACUCUACAUGCUAAGCUUCGAUGUUAUUUGCCUCUGGUAACUAAGAACUCCUUCAAAGUUCAGACGCUAUAUGUGAAAAGUUUUACAAUUCCAAUGGCUCAGCUCAAUAGGAUUCUUGUAGCUUACAUGACAUCCAAAUAUCUACAUUUCGAUCAAUGAAGGAUUGUAUGAAACAGUAACUUCGAGCUGCCUUCCUGCUUCAGUCAGGGUAUGCAAAGGAGAUCUACUAUAGACACACUAAGUCUAACAAACUGUUAUCUCCAAGGUCCUAGCCCAACAUUUCAUGAAGACAACCAAGAUAAUCUGAAAGAAUACUUGGAAGCUCUGUUGUCGAUGGCUAAGAUCGAGAUUCGUAAAAUUUAGAGAUAAUUCAUCAAAGAGUUAAUUCAAUCUGUGGUAUCAUAACAGCCAGAAGUCAGUGUAUGGAUAGAGAUAGUGCAAGUAGUAUAGAGGGAGAUAUGUAUUUUUGGGAGAUUUGGAGUUGAUUUUAUGUGAAAUAACUGAGUGCUAGAUAAAUAACAAAGAAAAAUAACUUUGUUUAGUUCUCCGCUCUGAUUUGUCCCCACGUGCAAUGAACUUUUCAAAAAAUAUUUAACUCUCAAAAAGUGUUUUCUCAUCAUAUUUGACAUAAAACCCUCUCUAAGCUGGUAGAAAUGGUAUAAUUCACUCUAUAUGAACAGCCCAGUUUCCAUAGAAAAUAAAUGCUCUCAGCAACUGAGAAGCCUGUGGAUGUUAAGUAGAAUACUCUCAAAUGUAUUGUUAUGACCAUUCCUUAAUCAAGUUUAAGAGUAAGCACUGGGAAGUCAUCACUUGGGACCUUAGAGCAUGGAGGAAGGAGAUUGGGAUCGGGAUGGGCACUAAGUGUUACACAACAGCACAGAGAGCAGAGAAGAACCUUCUUCGGAGUGAAGAGUCCUUUGACUAUAUGAUCUCCAUGAUUUCGUGCGGGCAUGUGUAGCCUAAUGCUACUACUCCUCCAAAGUACCUCUAAGGGUUUAUAUAGAGGAAUAUUUUACCAGCAUUUUUAUUGUUAUAGCAGGAUACCUGAAGAACAGUUUCGGCAGACAUCUAGAACUAAAGACCACAAUAAUGAGAUUCCAAAGAUAAACAAGGAGAAAAAAUUGUUUUUGAAGACUAUUUUAGUCCUCUAAAGCACCAAGUUGAUGCACUUACUAUUUCAGAGAAGAGAACUGGCCAGAGGCUUAAGUGGUGUCUUCCAUUAAUCAUAAAAAAAUCCAGGGAUGCUACAGAGAGUCUCUUUGAGCUACUUUUUGAUCUUGGUCAAAGACUUAAAGAGGCUAUUCUCAAUUUGAGAUUUUUACCAAAGCAUAAUCUUUGCUCAAUGCGAGUUUGGAAUUGAUGUUAGUAAUAAAUUUCCACCUCCUUCUGGAUGGAAGAGGAGAAGCAAAGUUGUAGAGAGAAUUCAGGCCAUUGGAUGUACUUUUUCAUGGAGUCCAGAUGAAUUUGGAGACAUUGUGAGACAGUUUUAUCCAGAAUCUAAGAUUAGAGUAAUCGAUUAAUUGCUCAUUCGAAUUUUUCUUAGUAUUUUGGCAAUUGAGAAUUUCAAUUUGUUAUUUACAACCUCAUUGUCAUCAUCCAAAUUAUUAGAGUGAUGAGCAUUGACCAUGAAUGUCAUCAUUGUAUAUUCAGCAAUAAUUAAAGAUUAAGAAUCCAUAAUAGUUUAUUCCCAGAAUUUUUUCACUUCUUAAGUCCGAUUGACCACUUCCUUUCAAAAGAAAAUAUGCUGAAUAAGAUUACUAUUUUGGAUCCUCUGAAUUGGUCAGACUCCUAUAUCCAAGCAAGUAAUUAAAUAGGGUACUUAGAAAUUGUGGAAGGGUAAAUUAGAACCAACACUCAGAUCAAAAGCAGAUGGCUUACUAGAAUGGACCAAAGGAAAUCUUCGAGUCCCUAUUUGUUAUUGUUUCAGUUAAACUUUCCUG